GCUGUACCUACACUCAUGGUAAAAAAAAAAUGGUUGCCUCCUAUUACCAUGAUGUUGAUAAGGGAUAUAAAUAAUAUGAAGGUAUAACCGCUUGUGUCGAAACACUUAUCCAUUUAAAAAAAACUUGGGAGGGUUACUGUUACGAUAGUACUGUCCGGAACAGGAGUGUCAAAUGCCUCGUUACGCACAACUUGUGAUGGGACCGGCGGGCAGCGGCAAGAGUACCUACUGUACUACAAUGAUUCAGCAUGCAGAGGCUAUUCACCGUUCUGUACAGGUAGUCAACCUGGAUCCAGCAGCUGAGCAUUUUAACUACCCUGUCAUGGCAGACAUCCGUGAGCUGAUCCAGGUAGAUGAUGUCAUGGAGGAUGACUCUUUGCGCUUUGGUCCGAAUGGAGGUCUCGUCUUCUGCAUGGAGUACUUUGCCAACAACUUUGAUUGGCUUGAGGAGAGUCUGGGUCACGUGGAGGAUGACUAUAUUCUGUUCGAUUGUCCAGGUCAGAUAGAGCUCUACACACACCUCCCUGUGAUGAGACAGCUUGUGGAACAGCUCCAGCAGUGGGAGUUCCGUGUUUGUGGCGUCUUCCUGGUUGACUCGCAGUUUAUGAUUGAGACUUUCAAGUUCAUCUCAGGUGUCAUGGCUGCAUUAAGUGCCAUGGUGUCCUUGGAAAUCCCUCAGGUCAACAUCAUGACCAAGAUGGACUUGCUCAGUCCCAAUGCCAAGAAGGAGAUCGAAAAAUACAUGGACCCAGACAUGUAUUCAAUGAUGCAGGACAACGCAGCCAGCAUCAGAAGCAAGAGAUUUAAGAAGCUGACCAAAGCUAUCUGUGGUUUGAUUGAUGACUACAGCAUGGUAAGGUUCCUGCCUUUUGACCGCACAGACGAGGAAGGCAUCAAUAUAGUGUUGCAGCACAUCGACUUCUCCAUACAGUAUGGAGAAGAUCUGGAGGUUAAGGAGCCAAAGGAGAAUGACGAGGAUCCCAGCAACACAAACUAUGAUGAAUUAUUCCAAGACAAAUCAGAAGGCUGACACAAGACUUGGAUGAGGAAGAAAUGAAAAAAAAAAACAUACUCACACUUUGAAGAAGACAUUUCAAUGGAACUGUAGUAUUUAUUCCUCAGUUUAUUAUUUAGGUUGCGGCAUUAUUUGUCAUUCAGAUAACAGGGUAUUGCCCAACGACAACUCCAUCCAAUUAAAUUAAACAUGUUACCUACUGUUUCUUCAAAACAUUGAAGAAACUGAAAGAAAAAGACAACUGUUUUUGAAUAUAUUGCUUAUAUUUUUUAAUAAAAUAUUGUAAAAUGAUGAAA